GCUACGUCGUCCCCAAUUUAGUGUACAAAAAAGCAAAAUGUCGUCACGUUACGGGAGUCGACCACCAAACACAUCUCUUUAUGUCCGAAAUUUACCAGAUGAUGUCAGGACCGAAGACAUGAGGAGCUUAUUCGGCAAGUUUGGCCCUAUAAGUGAUAUCUACAUACCUUUGGACUACUAUACCCGGGAACCUAGGGGCUUUGCCUAUGUACAGUUUGAGGACAUCCGAGAUGCAGAAGAUGCGAUGUAUGAUCUGGACAGGUAUCGCUUCUACGGCCGAGAGCUUGAGAUCCAGUAUGCUGAAGGAGACAGAAAGACACCCUCACAGAUGAGAGGAAAAGAGCGUGGUGGAUAUCGCCCAUCUAGGUACAGAUCACGCAGCAGAAGUCCAAGACGUCGCCGUUCUCAUAGUCGCAGUCCUCGGCGGAGGCGCUCGCGGAGUGCCAGCCCUCGGAGAAGACGCUCGCCCAGCUAUAGUCCAAAGAGAAAGAGUAGGAGAAGCAGGAGUAGGAGCAGGAAUAGGAGACGUAAAAGGUCUUAUUCAAGAUCGGCAUCACGUUCUAAGUCAAGGUCUCCGGACCGAAUGAGAACGAGAAGCAGGACAUUCAGUCGAUCUCCAUCAGGCUCCAAGAGUAGAUCAAGAUCACGUGACAAGUAGCAGCUUUGACAUGCAUCGAUAUUUGUACACAUUUGGCGUCACAUAUCAGUGAACAGGGGGAUUCCCCAGUACCAUUUGUCCUGCUAUUUUAUAGGAAACGAUUUGAUUUCUUUGUAUUCAGUUUAUGAUAAGAUGUACAGUCUGUAGAACAGGGGUGUCUCAUGAAGCAUCCUGUUAGUGGUUUUCACUGACUCAUAUGCUCUGAACCAAUCAGAUGCAAGGGUUUCUGUAGCCUGUAACAGUUUUCAGAGUAAAUCUCUGAUUAUCUGUUCUAUGAAAUGCCCCCAGGACACAGGUUGUUAAGAUUGUAUCAUAUGAGAACAGUGAAUGCUGCAAUGUGAGACUUAGAAAUACUGUCAUCAGUGCUGACCAUUCUCUAUCCCUUGUGAAUUCCUGACAUACAUUAAACCAUUUUGGACAUGACUUACUGUUAAACCCUAGCAAGGAAAGAAUUGGUAAAAUGUUGGAAAAUUCAUGUUUAGAAGAAGAGUUUUUAGAAAGAAUCUGAUGUAAGUAAAAAAACAUAAAAUAAUAUUGUCAAAAACAGAUAAACUUAGACGAGACGAUUGGUAGAUAUUGUUCAGUACCAUGGACAUGAUAUGAAAAUCGUGGUUUGUACAUUUAAUACUGCCUUUUUAAAACUGGUUUCUUUCUACUUAUUACGAUACACUGGGACUAUGCCACCAUCUGAUAAUACAUAUUCAGUAUUUUCUUUUUAUACAACUGAAUGAUGGAAGUAUGAUAUAACAUCAGCACCUCUUGCAAUUACCCACGAUUCAAUUCAGUUUUGCUAAGAACAUUGUGAAUGUCUUUUUAAAAGAUCAUUGAAGAAUUUACCCUUUGUAAACAUUUGAAAUAUCAGAAAUCGGUUAGUGUCUAACUAUCAUACUCUACACACAUUUUUAUAAUACACAGAAAUCUGUUCUCCUCAUUUUUAGUAUAGCUUGCUCAAUCUGACAACCUUCCUUGGUUUUGAUUGGUUGAGAAGCAUCGAUUCUAUGGUCACUAUCUUUUAAAUGAGACUUUGUCAGAUGAAAUAUACCUUUAAGAAACACUACCCUGAUAUCGUGCAAAUGUCCACAAACUUUCCCAGUCUUUAGAUGAUAUCUUCAUAGUUUUCCUCUAAUCUUUAGAAAAUGUAAUAUCAGAGAUAUGUUCAGAAUUUUCAUUCCUGAAUAUACAAAGUCUGGUGAACGGAGGUUACAAUACUAUGUAUAUAUACAACUGUAGCAACAAUGAACCCAAAUUUUCAUUCUUAGGGUAAUUUUUGGUCAAAAUCAAGGUCCAUGUUGAGAUUUUGAAGUGAUUUUUGGGGGUUUUGUAAAAUGAACCAAGUACAUUUUGCAAAAUUCAAGAUUGUAUGAAGAUAGGAUACAUGUACUUAGCCUAGGCUCUGCUCUGCUCCUGUUGUAAAUACCACCACGUAGCGGUCAGUAACACUUGUUCAGUAUUGCAGAGUUGGGUAUUUUCAAGACAGUUUGCAUGUACAUAAAAACCAAGGUCAUUUUGAGAUAUACCAGUUACACAGUAUACUUGUAAGGAGUGUGCUUUUUCCCUGGACUGGUUAAUUUUUUUUUAAUUUGUGGAUCUGUAACAAUUAAGGAAACGAUCAGAACCUUCCAGGCUUGUGCAAAGUUGCCAGCGUUAAUAUUUUGUUGCUGUUGUAAAUAUUUUCACAGUUUUGCACAAUGUUUGUAUGUCUACCAGAUUUCCUGUCAGCCAUGUUAAUGUAUUUGUUCAGUAUUAUCCUGUUGUAAGCAGAUUUAGUGUAGUUCUAUGCAAGUUGACCAGUCUAUUGUAUAUAUAUAUACCAUGUUGAAAGUCUGAAGGUAGAUUUUCAAUUGAACGUUGUUUAUUUUGCACACUUGCAAAUGGUUCAUGAAAGGUUGGGAAUGUUUUUUACAUUGACAUAUAUUUCCUGUGACUAGCGAGCUGGCUUAUCGUUCCCUUUUACUGACCUCAGUGUGUGUAUUUUUUCUCUACUUGGCCCAAGUCUUAUUAAUGAAUGUUUUGAUUCAAACAAGAAUUUGUCUUUUGAUUGGCUUGUAUGCUUAUAAGUCAGAAUUGAUACGCAUUUAUUUUCCUAUACCAUCCCCUUUGCCCUUUCAUUAAAUGUAAGUGUAGGCUAUCAAGUUUUCAAAUGAUAGAUUAAAGGGGAACAUGUGACCGAAGUGUAAUGAGAUCACUUUACGAUAUCAGUCAAAA